GGUCUGGCGGGGGUGGCCAGGAGGGUGGCAGGAGCAGAGGAGCCGGUCCACCAUGGAAUAUGAAGCCAAGAAAGGGAAGAAGGGCUUUGUGUCUCCCAUCCGAAGGCUGGUGUUCCCGAAGGCUGCACGCCAGGCUGCCUUCAGGAACCACGUCAGUCGCAGGCCCCUGCACUCUAUGCCUCUGUAUCCUCCUGACUACCUCAUCGACCCCCACAUCCUGCUGUGUGACUACCUGGAGAAGGAGGUCAAGUUCCUGGGCCACCUCACCUGGGUGACUUCCUCACUGAACCCCUCCAGCCGAGACGAGCUCCUGCAGCUGCUGGACACUGCCAGGCAGCUGAAGGAGCUGCCUCUGAAGACCACGCCGGAGCAGGACAGCAUCCUGAGCCUGUCGGCACGCUGCCUGCUGCUCACUUGGCGGGACAACGAGGAGCUCAUCCUGCGCAUCCCCACGCACGAGAUCGCCGCUGCCUCCUACCUGCAGGACGACGCGCUGCAUCUGCUAGUGCUUAAGACUGGUCUGGGCGUGGACCCGGUGCCGGCGGGCGUGGACGCCAGCCCCGGAGGUACGGGGCGAGAUCCGGGCCCUCCUGGCGCCGCACCCGAAAAGCGGCGGGUGGGCACCGCCGAGCGACGCCACACCAUCUGCAGCCUGGACUGGCGCAUGGCGUGGGGCGGGGGUGCGGGCGCCGAGCCCGGCCCCAACCCGCUGGAUCCCCAGAACCCCAGCCCCGACGCCUACUGCAACCUGGUCAUCCUAGCUGUGGCCAACAGGGAUGCUGCUGAGGAGUCCUGCGCACUCAUCUGUCAAGUCUUCCAGAUCAUCUAUGGGGACCAGAGCAUCGAGUGUGUAGACCGGGCCGGCUACCAUUACAGAUCCACGCCAAGGCGGCCAUGGCUCUCCAGCUGCAGUGAGAGCUGCCGCACAGAUGGGACGUUUGCCUACGACGCCGACCUGAGCUGCUGCAGCUCCUUCAAUGGCUCCCAGGACACAUUUGAAGCAUGUUACAGUGGCGCAUCCACCCCGUCUUUCCACGGCUCCCACUGCAGCAGUAUUGACCACAGCAGCUGGGCCUUCGAGCAGCUGCAGGAUUACAUGGUCACGCUGCGGAGUAAGCUGGGUCCCCCUGAGAUCCAGCAGUUUGCAAUACUGUUACGAGACUAUCGCCUGGGGCUGCCUAUCCAGGACUUCUGUGCAGGCCUGCAGAAACUCUAUGGGGACCGGCGCAAGUUCCUUCUCAUUGGGAUGCGGCCCUUUAUUCCGGACCAGGACAUUGGCUACUUCGAGAGCUUCCUGGAGAGUGUGGGCAUCCGUGAGGGUGGCAUCCUUACCGACAGCUUCGGCCGCAUCAAGCGCAGCAUGAGCUCCACGUCUGCCUCUGCGGUGCGCAGCUAUGACGGAGCCGCCCAGCGGCCCGAGGCGCAGACCUUCCACCAGCUGCUGGCCGACAUUACACACGACAUUGAGGCUCUGGCCCCCGACGACGACGUCUACGAGGAUGUCUCCCCAAGCGGGGGCGAUCAGGGUGAAGACAACUACCUGUAGCCCCUAGAGGCUCGUACACUUGCUCCUGGAACACCAUCCUCUGACUGCGCAGACAUCCUGGGUUCCCAUCUGUGCCUUCUGGGCUUCGUUACUACAGAUGGGUUUCCAGGGCUUCAGUUCCUGCAAUACCAAGAACGUCCUGCAGAUGGCUUUACUCUAAGGAGAGCCAGACCCUAGAGUUCUCUACAGGAUGAAGAAUCGCUCCACCUACUGGCGGACAGAAAAGAUUUCCAAUUCAAGCCCCAGUUUUCUGCACACCCUGCCCAACCUCAAAACAAAACCAUUUUCAGAGAGCCCAGAGACCUCUCUUCAAUUUUACAGGCUGAGAAACUGAGAAGUUUUGUUGUUGUUGUUGUUUUGUUUUGUUUUGUUUUGUUUUGUUUUGUUUUGUUUUGUUUUGUUUUGUUUUGUUUUGUUUUUUAAGGAAUGAAUAUGAGGGAAUGACCCUGUUCUUCUUGGAUAUCACUACCUAUUUCCACAUCUGUACAAUAAUUUCACCUCUUUUCACAAGUGGUCAUCGGGAUGAAUGGCGGUCAAGACUUUAGUAUUGAGGUCAAGACCUUAGCCUAGCAUGCUGUAGAUGCUCAAUAAAUGCUGUUUCUUUCCACUU